UUCCCGGUGAUCGCGGCCCGGCUCGGCCCUCCCCGUCUCUCCCGCAGGAUGAAGAACGGCGCAGGCCAUGGCGCGGCAGCAGGGCCCCAGUCCCUGUGGGCGGCGGGGCCGUAGGACGACGGAGCCCCCCUGCGCCCUAUAGCCACCCCCCCUCCCCUAUUUAAUUUUAUACCUAAUUUAUUAAUACCUUGCCCCGCUCCUCACACCCCCCUCCCUCCCCCCAAACCAUGGACCCAACCCCCACCGUGCCCACCGUCCCCAUGGCGGGCUUCCUCUGGAUGCUGGUCCUGGGCUUUAUCAUCGCCUUCGUCCUGGCCUUCUCUGUCGGCGCCAACGACGUGGCCAACUCCUUCGGCACAGCGGUGGGCUCGGGAGUGGUGACCCUCCGGCAAGCCUGCAUCUUGGCCAGCGUCUUUGAGACGGUGGGCUCCGUCCUCCUGGGAGCCAAAGUCAGCGAGACCAUCCGGAAGGGGCUGAUCGACGUGGAGAUGUACAACUCCACGCAGCAGCUGCUGAUGGCAGGUUCGAUCAGCGCCAUGUUUGGAUCUGCUGUGUGGCAGCUUGUGGCUUCAUUCUUGAAGCUCCCCAUUUCUGGUACCCACUGCAUCGUUGGAGCAACCAUUGGCUUUUCAUUGGUGGCCCAAGGGCAAGAAGGCGUCAAGUGGUCUGAGCUGCUAAAGAUUGUGUUGUCCUGGUUCAUCUCACCCCUCCUUUCAGGCAUCAUGUCUGCUAUCCUGUUCUUCCUCGUCCGGAGGUUCAUCCUCCAUAAGGCAGAUCCUGUUCCCAACGGCUUGCGGGCUUUGCCCAUCUUCUAUGCCUGUACUGUGGGGAUCAACCUCUUCUCCAUCAUGUAUACCGGUGCCCCUUUGCUGGGCUUUGACAAACUUCCUCUGUGGGGUAUCCUCCUAAUUUCGGCGGGGAGUGCUGUUGUCUGUGCUCUCGUCGUCUGGUUCUUUGUAUGUCCAAGAAUGAAGAAGAAAAUCGAACGAGAGAUCAAAUCCAGUCCUUCCGAAAGCCCCUUGAUGGAGAAGAACAUCAGCCCGAAGGAGGACCAUGAGGAGCCCAAGGUGCCCCUGGGUGAUGCCAAGAGCCCCGUUGCUGAUGUGGGGUCGGCUACACCCCACCGGGCAGCAGUGGAGGAGAGGACAGUCUCCUUCAACCUGGGGGACCUGGAGGAGGCCCCGGAGCAGGAGAGGCUCCCCAGCCUUGACCUGAAGGAAACCAGCAUUGACAGCGGAGCCGUUCGGCUGCCCAACGGCAACAUCGUCCAGUUCAACCAGGCCAUGGGCCACCAGAUGAGCUCCAGCGGACAGUACCAGUACCACACCGUGCACAAGGACUCCGGUCUCUACAAGGAGCUGCUGCAUAAACUGCACCUGGCCAAGAUGGGGGACUGCAUGGGGGACUCAGGGGACAAGCCCCUGCGGCGCAACAACAGCUACACUUCCUACACCAUGGCCAUCUGCGGCAUGCCCCUGGACUCGCUCCGCGCCAAGGAGGGAGAGGAGAUGGAGAAGCUGACCUGGCCUGUGGCGGACACCAAGAAGAGGGUCCGCAUGGACAGCUACACCAGCUACUGCAAUGCGGUGGCAGAUGCCCACCCGGUGGCUGAUGUGGAUCUGAACACAGCCCAGGUGGAGAUGGGCAUCAGCGACUGCAAGGGCAGCAGUAGCUCCCUGGAAGAAUGGCAUGACCAGGACAAACCCGAGGUGUCCCUCCUCUUCCAGUUCCUGCAGAUCCUCACAGCCUGCUUUGGCUCCUUUGCUCAUGGUGGCAAUGAUGUCAGCAAUGCCAUAGGGCCCCUGGUCGCACUCUACCUGGUCUAUCAGACGGGUGAUGUGGCUACCAAGGUGGCAACUCCCAUCUGGCUGCUGCUCUAUGGAGGUGCAGGGAUUUGCAUCGGCUUGUGGGUCUGGGGAAGGAGAGUCAUCCAGACGAUGGGGAAGGACUUGACUCCCAUCACACCAUCAAGCGGCUUCAGCAUUGAGCUGGCGUCUGCCCUGACGGUGGUGAUUGCCUCCAAUGUUGGCCUCCCCAUCAGCACAACCCACUGCAAGGUGGGCUCCGUGGUCUCGGUGGGCUGGCUGCGUUCCAGGAAGGCGGUGGACUGGCGCCUCUUCCGCAAUAUCUUCAUGGCCUGGUUUGUCACUGUCCCCAUCUCGGGUCUCAUCAGUGCCGCCAUCAUGGCUGUCUUCAAGUACGCUGUCCUGAAGGUGUGAGGGCACUGGGGCUCGCGCUGCUCCUGCUUCCCUGCUGCCACCCUCCCCUCCAGGAGCCGGGGAGGCUUGUCCCACCGUGGGAUGGGGGCUACCAUCAUCUCUGGGGCUUCCUCAGUUCUGCGUAGUGUUGUCACUGAAGUAUUUUUUUUUUUUAAUAUAAAUGUCUUGGCGCUAAGUUUCUAGAGGGGGGUGCAGUGCUGAGGCUGUGCCUGCCCUUGGUGUGACUCCCCUGCUGUGCUGUAGCUUUAGAUUAGCAGUUAUGGGAGGCCACUUUUUUUUAUUUUUAAUGACUUAAUUAAAAUCCCCUGGCAGUGAUUCCUCUUUGAGUAAGGACUAGGGCUGGUCCUUGCCCCUGCUGGGAGGGCUUGGGGGCUGUGGGGCAUCCCCCCAUGGUGGGCUAUGUGUGCUGCGUUCAGCUUUGCCUCCAUCGCUGUAGUGGUGCGGACAUCAGGCGCUGCCCAACCAUCCUGCUCGGGGGUCCCUGGGGGCAGCCCCCUGGCCCACCCCUCACUGCUGCUACCUCGGACUCAAUAAAGAUUUCCUUCGUA